UGGACCGCAGCCCGCACCCUGAGCGGACGGCGUCAUGAGGCACCUGCCGUACUUCUGCCGCGGCCAGGUGGUGUGGGGCUUCGGUCGCGGCUCCAAGCAGCUGGGCAUCCCUACAGCUAACUUUCCUGAACAAGUAGUAGAUAAUCUUCCAGCUGAUGUAUCCACUGGCAUAUAUUAUGGUUGGGCCAGUGUUGGAAGUGGAGACGUCCAUAAGAUAGUGGUGAGCAUAGGAUGGAACCCAUAUUACAAGAAUACAAAAAAGUCCAUGGAAACUCAUAUCAUGCAUACUUUCAAAGAGGACUUCUAUGGGGAAAUUCUCAACGUGGCCAUUGUCGGCUACCUCAGACCAGAAAAGAACUUUGAUUCUUUAGAGUCACUUAUUUCAGCCAUUCAAGGUGAUAUUGAGGAAGCUAAGAAACUACUAGGUUUACCAGAACAUUUGAAACUCAAAGAAGACAAUUUCUUCUGGGUUCCUAAAAGCAAAAUAAUGAAUGGCCACUGAAGGAAAAGCAUCUUAUUUAUUCAUUCACUGUUUUCUAAUAUUUUAC